GUGACAACAUUGCAUGUACACUACGGAGUUCACAGAGACGCGCCGCAAACGGUUACUUUUUUGGAUCUAUGAAAUUAUGAAUUCGACGUUUUUUUAAUUGUCGAAGGGGAAAAUAAAAUAGGAUCUAUGAUAACUCCAGGUGGAAUUAUUUAUCAAUUUUAAAUCAGAAAAAAAGGAAUGCAUCCUUUCUUUGUGAAACUAACUUUCCUGCUGUCGCUGAUUGUUCUAACACGAGGUUUAAGAUGCUCUAUGUCCACCGAGUUGUGUUUGAAACUGGGGAGGUGUGAGGCCACAGCUGAUGGAAAUGGAGAUUGCAAGUGUCGGGAUGGAUUCGUAGGGAGCAAGUGUCAGCACCGGGACCCUUGCAUCUCCUCUCCGUGUAAAAAUGGUGGCUCGUGUCACACGGUACCCCGUGGGAACUCAGUGGACUCCACGUGUUCCUGCCAACCGGGCUUCACGGACCGCCUGUGUCUGACGCCAAUCGACAACGCUUGUCUCAGCUCUCCCUGCCGGAACGGUGGCACCUGUGAUCUGGUCAACCUCAGAGAGUACAAGUGUAGAUGUCCCCCUGGCUGGUCAGGUAAGCAGUGCCAGCAGGCAGACCCCUGUGCCUCUAACCCCUGUGCCAACGGCGGGCAUUGCACCCCCUUCGAGUCCCACUACAUCUGUUCCUGCACCCCCUUCUUCUACGGUCAGACCUGCAAGCAGGAUGUCAAUGAAUGUGCCCAGAGCCCCUUGCCCUGCCAGAACGGAGGGGUGUGUGUGAACGAGGUGGGCACCUACCGCUGCCAGUGUCCCCAGGAGUACACAGGCAAGCACUGUGAUACCCGCUACCUACCGUGCAACCCCUCCCCCUGCCACAACGGGGCCACCUGCGUCCAGAAGGGAGACACCGCCUACGAAUGCUCCUGUGUGCCAGGUUUCUCGGGUCAGAACUGUGACACUAACAUUGACGACUGUCCAGGACACGAGUGUCACAAUGGAGGAACCUGCGUGGACGGGGUUAACACCUAUAACUGCCAAUGCAAACCAGAAUUUACAGGCCAGUUCUGUACAGAGGACGUUGACGAGUGCCAACUGAUGCCCAACGCGUGCCAGAACGGUGGAACGUGCCACAACACCUACAGUGCCUACCAGUGUGUCUGUGUCAACGGGUGGACGGGCGAUGACUGUGGAGAGAAUAUUGACGACUGCGCCAAUGCCGCCUGCUAUCAGGGUGCCAUCUGCCACGACCGUGUGGCGUCCUUCUUCUGCGAGUGUCCCCAUGGUCGCACAGGUCUGUUGUGUCACCUGGAUGACGCCUGUAUUAGUAACCCCUGUCAGAAAGGCUCUAACUGUGACACCAACCCCGUCAAUGGCAAGGCCAUCUGCACCUGUCCCCUUGGCUACAUUGGCGCCGCUUGUGACCAGGAUGUUGACGAAUGCUCACUAGGUGGCAACCCCUGUGAGCAUGGAGGGAAGUGCCUGAACACCAAGGGCUCGUUCCAGUGUAAGUGUCAGCCCGGCUUCUCUGGAGCUCGAUGUGAACACGACGUCAACGAGUGCCUCUCCAACCCCUGCCAGAACGAAGCCACCUGCCUCGACCAGAUAGGAGGCUUCCACUGCAUCUGCAUGCCAGGCUAUGAGGGACUGUUCUGCCAGAUCAAUACUGACGAGUGCGCCAACAACCCCUGCCUGAACAAUGGGAAAUGUAUCGACAAGAUCAACACCUUCCACUGCCAGUGCCCCACAGGAUUUGCUGGGAACCUUUGCCAGAUAGAUAUUGAUGAGUGCUCCAGCACGCCUUGCAAGAAUGGCGCCAAGUGCACGGAUGGCCCCAAUAAGUACACAUGUGAAUGCACUGAAGGUUACACGGGGCAACACUGUGAGACCGACAUCAAUGAGUGUUUCUCGGACCCCUGUCACUAUGGUACUUGUAAGGAUGGCCUGGCCUCCUUCACCUGCUACUGUCACCUUGGUUACACGGGCCGGCUGUGUGAGACCAACAUUAACGAGUGUCUGAGUCAGCCCUGUCGGAACGGAGGCAUUUGCCAGGACCGCGAGAACUCCUACAUCUGCACCUGCCCCAUGGGCACCGCAGGUAUAAACUGUGAAGUCAACCUGGACGACUGCAAGAGCAAGCCAUGUGACUACGGGACAUGCCUCGACAAGAUCAAUGGCUACGAGUGUGCCUGCGAGCCUGGCUACAGCGGGACCAUGUGCAACAUCAACCUUGACGAAUGUGCCCUACACCCGUGUCACAACGGUGGCACCUGCAUCGAUGGCAUCAACAGCUUCACCUGUCUGUGUCCAGAGGGUUACCAUGACACCACCUGCUUCUCCCAGAUCAAUGAGUGCCUUAGCAACCCGUGUAUCCAUGGCCACUGUCAGGACAAAGUCAAUGGUUACAACUGUCUGUGUGACAAUGGCUGGAGUGGCAAGAACUGUGACAUCAACAACAACGAGUGUGAGUCCAACCCCUGCAUGAACGGAGGCACCUGCAAGGAUAUGACGAGCGGAUAUGUCUGCUCCUGCAGAAUCGGCUUCACUGGUCCAAGCUGUCAGACCAACAUUAACGAAUGUGCCUCCAAUCCCUGCCUAAACCAAGGGACCUGCAUCGAUGAUGUCUCUGCAUACAAGUGCAACUGCCUACUGCCAUAUACCGGUGAGAACUGUGAGACCCUGCUGGCACCCUGCAGCCCCAAGCCCUGCAAGAACGGAGGUGAGUGUCAGGAGUCUGAAGACUACGAGAGCUUCUCCUGUGUGUGUCCAGAGGGCUGGCAAGGACAGACCUGUGAAGUGGACAUUAACGAGUGUGUAAAGAACCCCUGUCUCAAUGGGGCCACCUGUGAGAACACCAAAGGCAACUACCGCUGUGGCUGCAAGGCCGGUUAUGCUGGCCGCAACUGUGAGACCAACAUUGACGACUGUAAGCCCAACCCCUGCAGCAAUGGAGGUUUCUGUCGGGACGAGGUGGACAACUUCGCGUGCACCUGCCUGCUUGGUUUCCGUGGCACUAAGUGUGAGGAGGACAUCAACGAGUGUGACAGUAACCCAUGUAAGAAUGGAGCCAACUGUACAGACUGUGUCAACAGCUACACCUGCACCUGUCCACCUGGCUUCAGUGGGAUACACUGUGAGAACAACACACCUGACUGCACUGAGAGCUCUUGUUUCAACGGUGGGACGUGUGUGGACGGCAUCAACACCUACACCUGCCUGUGCCCACCUGGCUUCACUGGCAGCUACUGCCAACACGACAUCAACGAGUGUGACUCCAGACCCUGCCUGAACGGAGGAACCUGCCAGGACAGCUAUGGCACCUACAAGUGCAUCUGUCCCCAGGGCUACACUGGACUCAACUGCCAGAAUCUGGUACGCUGGUGUGACUCGUCCCCAUGUCAGAACGGGGGCACCUGUUGGCAGACUGGCACUACUUACAGCUGUGAGUGCCAGACUGGCUGGACAGGGCUCUACUGUGAUGUGCCAAGCGUCUCCUGCGAGGUGGCAGCCAAACAGAGAGGUGUGGAGGUAAUUGCUCUGUGUCGUAACUCAGGCCAGUGUCUGGAUGCGGGGAACACCCACUACUGCCACUGCCAGGCAGGUUACACAGGCAGCUACUGUGAGGAGCAGGUGGAUGAGUGCAUCCCCAACCCCUGUCAGAGCGGAGCCACCUGUACUGACUUUCUAGGAGGGUACUCCUGCAAGUGUGUGCCGGGAUACGUCGGCACCAACUGCUCCAAUGAGAUCAAUGAGUGUUUCUCCCAGCCGUGCCAGAACGAAGGCACCUGCAUUGACCUGAUCAAUACCUACAAAUGCUCCUGUCCCAGGGGAACCCAAGGCGUUCACUGUGAGAUCAACAUAGACGACUGCAACCCCUUCACAGACCCCGUCACCAACGAGCCCAAGUGCUUCAACAAGGGGAAGUGUGUGGACAGGGUGGGAGGUUACCACUGUAUCUGUCCCGCCGGCUACGUAGGGGAGCGCUGUGAGGGGGACGUCAACGAGUGCCUGUCCAACCCAUGUGACACCCGCGGGACACACAACUGCGUCCAGCUCACCAACAACUACCGCUGUGAUUGCCGUACCGGAUACACAGGCCAGCGUUGUGACACAGUGUUUGACGGCUGUAAGAGCAAACCCUGUCGUAACGGAGGGACAUGUGCCGUAGCCAGCAACACUCCUCACGGCUUCAUCUGCAAGUGUCCACCUGGCUACACUGGCUCUACCUGUGAGUACGAUGCCCACUCCUGUGGGAGUCUCCACUGUCGUAAUGGUGGCACCUGCAUCUCCGGACACAAGAGCCCCAAGUGUCUCUGUCCCUCCUCGUUCACAGGGCCAGAGUGUGAAUACCCUACAGACAGCCCCUGUAACACCAACCCCUGCUACAACGGGGGAACCUGUGAGUACAGCUCAGAAGCUCCGUACUACCACUGCGUAUGCCCCACCAACUUCAACGGCCUGCUAUGUCACAUCCUGGACUACAGCUUCCUGGGCGGGUUCGGCCGUGACAUCACGCCCCCGCCAGAGGUGGAGGUGAGCUGUGAGAUCCCCCAGUGUGAGGAAAGAAAGGGGAACAAGUACUGUGAUACCUUGUGUAACAACCACGCAUGUGGCUGGGACGGGGGCGACUGCUCGCUCAACUUCAACGACCCGUGGAAGAACUGCACGUCGUCCCUGCAGUGCUGGCGCUACUUCAAUGACGGGAAGUGUGACGAGCAGUGCAACAACGCCGGCUGUCUCUACGAUGGCUUUGACUGUCAGAACCUGGAGGGCCAGUGCAACCCUCUGUACGACCAGUACUGUAAAGACCACUAUGCGGACGGCCACUGUGACCAGGGCUGCAACAAUGCAGAGUGUGAGUGGGACGGUCUGGACUGUGCCAACAACAUGCCAGAGAAGCUGGCGGUGGGCCGCCUGGUCAUCGUGGUCCACAUCAUGCCCGACCAGCUCCGGAACAACUCGCUUGGCUUCCUGCGCGAGCUGAGCCGCGUACUCCACACUAAUGUGGUGUUCCGGCAGGACUCCAAGGGAGAGAUGAUGAUCUACCCGUACUACGGCAGUGAGCAGGAGCUGAACAAACACAACAUAAAGCGCUCAGUGGGUUGGACAGAGAUCCCUGGCACCAUGCUCAGCUCCAUGAGGAAUAGCCUGUAUACUAUAGCCAGUGAAAACAGCCGCAGACGCAGGGAACUGGACCCCAUGCUGAUCAAAGGCUCCAUAGUGUACCUGGAGAUUGACAACCGCCAGUGCUUUCAGCAGUCCACAGAGUGCUUCCAGAGUGCCACUGAUGUAGCAGCCUUCCUGGGGGCCCUGGCCUCCAGUGGAAACCUCAAUAUUCCCUACAUCAUAGAGGCUGUUCACAGUGAGGUUGACCCCCAGCCUCCGUCUGAGCUUUACCCCAUCUACGCAGUCCUGGCCGGGCUGGCCCUCCUGGCUUUCGUGGGUGUGGGGAUGGUCGCCUCACGGAAGCGUCGUCGCGAGCACGGCCAGUUGUGGUUCCCGGAAGGCUUCAAGAUCAGUGAGCCCAACAAGAAGAAGAGGAGGGAGCCGGUGGGGGAGGAUUCAGUGGGAUUGAAGCCACUGAAAAACCUCUCGGACAUAUCACUGAUGGACGACAACCAGAAUGAAUGGGGAGAAGAGGAGCCUUCGGAUGCCAAGCGCUUUAGGCAGUUUGAGGAGCAGGCGAUACUGGACCUGGACGGCCAGACAGACCACCGCCAGUGGACCCAGCAGCACCUGGACGCGGCUGAUCUCCGUAUCCCCUCCAUCGCCCCCACACCCCCUCAGGGCGAGAUGGAGAACGACUGCAUGGACGUCAACGUACGGGGACCAGAUGGCUUCACCCCCCUGAUGAUCGCCUCCUGUAGCGGUGGAGGUCUGGAAACAGGAAACAGCGAGGAGGAGGAAGACGCCUCUGCCAACGUGAUCAGUGAUUUCAUUUACCAGGGUGCUAACCUCCACAGUCAGACAGACCGCACAGGGGAAACCGCCCUUCAUCUCGCUGCCCGCUACGCCCGCUCCGACGCUGCCAAGCGUCUGCUGGAGGCCAGUGCAGAUGCCAACAUCCAGGACAACAUGGGCAAGACCCCGUUACAUGCUGCCGUGGCCGCUGAUGCACAGGGUGUCUUCCAGAUUUUGAUCCGGAAUCGUGCCACAGACCUGGAUGCCCGCAUGCACGAUGGCACCACCCCUCUGAUCCUGGCAGCUCGCCUGGCAGUGGAGGGCAUGGUGGAGGAGCUCAUCAACUGCCAUGCUGACGUCAACGCUAUCGAUGACUUUGGCAAAUCUGCUCUGCACUGGGCAGCAGCAGUGAACAACGUUGAAGCAGCUACCGUACUACUGAAGAAUGGAGCCAACAAGGACAUGCAGAACAACAAGGAGGAGACCCCUCUGUUCCUUGCUGCCAGGGAAGGAAGCUACGAGACCGCCAAGGUCCUGCUGGAGCACUUUGCUAACCGCGAGAUAACUGAUCACAUGGACCGGCUGCCCCGAGACAUAGCGCAAGAGAGGAUGCACCAUGACAUUGUCCGUCUCAUGGACGAGUACAACCUGGUCCGCAGCCCGCCCAUGCACAGCCACGGCCAUGGAGGCUCCAUGGGCACCACUCUGUCGCCCUCUCUCUGCUCCCCCAACAGCUACUUGGGCAGCAUGAAGCCCUUAGUCCAGAGCAAGAAGGCCCGCAAGCACAGCUCCAAGGGCAUCGGCUACAAGGACGGCAAGGACAUGAAGAACAAGAAGAAAACCUCCCAGGAUGGGAAGGGAGGAGGUCUGUUGGACAGCUCAGCUGUUCUGUCCCCCGUGGACUCCCUGGAGUCUCCACACGGGUAUAUCUCUGAUGUGGCGUCCCCUUCCAUGAUGACGUCCCCCUUCCAGCAGUCCCCGUCCAUGUCACUCAACCACCUCCAGGGGAUGUCCGACCCCCGCAUGCAGUUUGACCCGCUUCCGCCCCGUCUCACUCACCUUCCGUUGUCAGGCUCCAACGGCUCUGGGGGCAUGAAUGGCCAGUGUGAUUGGCUCUCCAGGAUGCACGCCAGCAUGGGCCAGCCCGGACAGUUCAACCCCAUGAGGGUUGGUCCUGUCGGGGGGCAGGGCGGUCUGCACCAGGGAGGCGGGCAGCAUGGCAUGAUGACCUCUCUCCAUACCGGGCUUCCCACCACCAGCCUGUCCCAGAUGUUGAGCUACCAGGGCCUGCAGAACACCCGGCUGGCCUCGCAGCCGCACCCCAUGCAGCAGGUCCAACAGCAGAUGCAGAUGCAGCACCAACAGAACCUACAACAACAGCUCCAACAGCAGCAACAGAGCAUCCAGCUUCAGCACCAGAACUCUAGCACUGGCAGCAGUGGCCAUGCCAGCAACCAGAACUUCAUCAGUACCGAGCUGAGUGGCUCAGAGAUCCAGCAGGGCACAGGGAACCAGGGCUCCAUGCCUAUCCACACCAUCCUGCCCCAGGAGACCCAGAUCAUGAGCCAGAACCUGCCCAGCACCCAGUACCUCACCCCUCCCUCCCAGCACAGCUACUCCGGCCCCAUGGACAACACCCCCAACCACCAGCUACAAGUCCCCGACCACCCCUUUCUGACCCCCUCCCCCGGGUCUCCCGACCAAUGGUCCAGCUCAUCCCCGCAUUCUAACAUGUCUGACUGGUCGGAGGGCAUCUCAAGUCCACCAACCAGCAGCAUGCAGUCUCAGAUGGGACAUAUCCCCGACCAGUUCAAGUAGAGAGUUUGCAUUGCUUUGCCAAAUGGACUGAUGGAUAUUUUUGUAUGAAAAGGCACUCUUGAGAAAACAAAACAAAAAGACAGAGCUAUGGACUGAUUUGACCCAAAGCUCUUUUUAUAUGCUUUUGUACUAACAGUAAGAAUUUCCUGUUUUAUUCCUUCACUUAUUAUUUAUUCAUGUCUUAUUUAUUCCUUUUCUUCCGCCUGCUUACAUAAAUGUGGGAUCCAAGGUGUCAGGCCAUAGUCAGGGCAGAGGUGAACCUUGUAGGGAUACUGUAGCUUUGUUUAUUUUUAUAUGUAGUGCUUUUGUCUGCAGUAUACUGAGUUAUUCAGAUGUACACUGGGUAUUUAUUUGUUUAGAAAUUUUGCCUUUUCAUUUUCGCCAGAUUUUUCAUCAAACUCUUGUUUAUAUUUUUUAAAUCUUAAAUCCAGUGUUAUUUCAAUUUGUGUGUUGAGUUUUGUUAAAUAUUCAAGAACAUUGCAUUUAUUUGCUGACAGAGCAAAUGGUCAUAAAAAAUAGUUUUAUUUUUCUCAUCUGUGGUCAGGGAUGCUGUAUGAAUAAAUUAUCUUAUUACAGUACGCAGUUUCCAUGUUCACAUUUCAAACAGGUCCUCUGACCAAAAGCAAGAAUCUGCUAAAUAAAGUACUAGAGUUAUAAGUAGUUCUUGGAUCAAUGCAGCAUAAGCCUCUUGAUUGGAUUGUCUGUAUGUGUCUGUGUGGCGCUGCGUUUAUAUGUGUUGGCGGAAUGGUAAGGUAAUGUACAGUAUAACGCCAGCUUGGAGAUUGACAGUUAAUAGAACAGGCUUGAGUCUAUGUGUCCCUUGUUCAUUUUAGUCGUUCAAGAAAUGGUCAAGAUGUUAUUCUAAAUGAUUAUUUCCCUCCAAUUGUUUGAGCCUUUGGCUGGUUUUGUUUCAAUGUAAAUAUGAAUAUGCAUUUCCUUUGUAAGCAGGAUUUUGUUUCAGAAAUCUUAAGUCUUAAUAAUUCCAUUUGGUUAAGAGGUUUCACAAUGAUCCACAGUAAAACAUACAGAACAUAUAUUUUACACUGUAUCACUGAGGAAGAGAUCUGAAAGGUUUAUACAAACAUCAUAAAUAUAAGAGAUGUUUUAAGCCCUUACAGAUAAAUAAUAACAGAAAUAUUGAGGAGUUAUACAAUUAUUAUUUAUUGACUGUUUCUGUGAUACAGAAUAAUCCACAGAUGAUUGUUUGGAUGAAUGUUGGAUUUUUAAAAAAACUUGAUGUAAAAAGGAAGACUGUGGGGUGUCCUGUUUCUAUAGUGUGUCCUCGCCUGAUGCUUUGUGAGAUGCUGUGAAUGGUAUAAGUUCUCAAUUUGUUUCAUUCAAACCCAAGGCUGUAGUAUCUGCAAUAAAAUGUUACCUUCCUGCAAAGUUUCAAUUUGCAUAAAAUGUAUUUUUCUUCCACUACCUGACUGUCAAUCUGUAAAAAAUUUUU